GUGUGUCUGCCGGGCUGUGCCCUCUAGGAGCCAUGCCCAUUGGUGGGUGAAGCUGGAGGCCGCGAUGGAGCCCCUGCAGCAGCAGAAGCAGCCGCCGCAGCAGCCGCAGCCUCCACAUCUGACUUCUCUGCAGCAGAUGGAUGCCAGAGAGAAGCAGGGGAAGCAGAUGAGAGACACCCAGUUCCUAUAUACCCAGAAGCUGGUCUCACAGCAGACUCUCCUCUCAGCUACCCCUGGGAGGUCUUCCGGCAGCUGUGCCCUGGGGCCUGUAGUCAGGGUCCCCCCAGCCCCAGCCCGGGCUAUUGAACAAAGCAGCACUGUGAACUCAGAACCCGAAGAAGAGGAAGGAGGGCUAGAAGAGGAUGAGGAGGAUGAUGGGGAUGAAGAUGUGGCAGAGGUGUCUGAGAAAGAGGGCCAGGCAACUGUGAAAUACUUUCCUACGCAGAAAGGGGUUCGCCAGGAUCCCAGAGUGGGCCCCAUCUCUGGUCUGCUUCCAGCACCUGGGCUCCAGCCCCACGGACAGCAAGCUAAAGAAGAUCGAACCAAAGAGGCUUCCACGGCCCCACCUUCCGGCCCCGCAGGCGGUCAGCCUGGCUGGAAUCUGGAAGAGCAGCUCAAGCAGAAUGGUGGAUUGGCCUGGAAUGAUGAUGUGGACGGAGGCCGGGGAAGAGAGAUCUCUCGAGAUUUUGCCAAGCUGUAUGAACUGGAUAGUGACCCGGAAAGGAAAGAAUUCCUGGAUGAUCUUUUUAUCUUCAUGCAGAAGAGGGGCACCCCCAUCAACCGAAUACCCAUCAUGGCCAAGCAGAUCUUGGACCUGUAUAUGCUGUAUAAGCUGGUGACAGAGAAGGGGGGCCUAGUGGAGAUCAUCAACAGGAAGAUAUGGCGAGAGAUCACCAAAGGUCUGAACCUGCCCACCUCCAUCACCAGUGCCGCCUUUACACUGAGGACACAGUACAUGAAGUAUCUCUAUGCCUAUGAGUGCGAGAAGAAGGCCUUGAGUUCCCCAGCUGAGCUCCAGGCAGCCAUUGAUGGCAACCGGAGGGAGGGCCGGCGGCCCAGCUAUAGCUCCUCCCUCUUUGGUUACUCACCUGCCGCUGCCUCAGCCUCUACCACCGGAGCUCCAGCCCUCCUCUCUCCACCCAAGAUCCGAUUUCCUAUCCUCAGCUUGGGCACCAGUGGUGGCACCAGUGCCAGCAGCCCUCGGAUGUCCCCUGCAGCUGCUCUUAGAAAAGGCGAUGGGAUCCCAGUGACGACGGUGCCAAGCCGCUUGGCUGUGCCCCUGGCCCUCGCAGGCCAACAGGCUGGCAGCCGGACAGCUGCACUGGAGCAGCUGCGGGAGCGGCUAGAAUCAGGCGAGCCCCCCGAGAAGAAGACGUCCCGACUGUCGGAGGAGGAGCAGCGUCUGGUACAGCAGGCCUUCCAGCGCAACCUCCUCAACAUGGCACGGCAGCUGCCCAUGAAGAUAAGGAUCAAUGGCCGAGAUGAUAGAUCAGAGGCAUCUACUGCAGCCCUGAACUUGACCACAAGCAGCAUUGGGAGCAUCAAUAUGUCUGUGGACAUCGAUGGCACCACCUAUGCAGGAGUGCUGUUUGCCCAGAAGCCAGUGGUCCACCUCAUCUCAGGAUCCGCUCCUCAGAGUGUCAGCAGCAGCACCAGCAGCAGCAGCUCCCACUGUUCACCAAGUCCUACCUCAUCCCGGGGCACCCCCAGUGCAGAGCCCUCCACCAGCUGGUCCCUCUGAUGGGCUGGACCCAGCCUCCCGCCCCAUGUCCCGUCAGGAGCGGAGGAAGUUGAUGCACAGAAUUUACCUCAUCUCCUGGAGCCCACAUCAGACACCGCUUGGCUGGACACUUGAGAGUUUGGGCGUGUUCGAUUCCAGGCUCCACUCAGGUCCUGCUGUACUUGGGGGGCAGGGAGAGGCUGUGGGAGCAGGACAGGGCAGCGUUGUCCAAUCAGGGAUUGUCCAGGGUGGGGCUGGGCCAGGCCCCUGGCCAUGCAGCUUCCUCCCAGGUCCCCAGGUUGCCUCCCCUCCGUGGCAGUGAAUCGACAAUCUGGAGCCGACACAGGGCUGGAGACCUUCCAGUUCCCUUCCCUUAUUUAUUUCCCUUUUUUCCAGCUCACUGGCCUCUUCCCCUGCGCAGCACCCCAGACUUUCAAACCCUGUGUGGGGCUGCUGGGGCCAUGAGCCCUCCUUCCUUGCCCAUCUCUGCUGAGCCUGGAUUGGGGUCCUGAAAUUCAAGUUGAUGCAAUCCUCAAGGGACCCCUAUCCCCAUUUUGAUGGACAGAUGAGGGCAAACCUCAGGUCUUUGGGCCUUCUGGGCCUCUGUUGGGCUACAGAGAACUUCGGGAGAUGCCCAGGCAGGCCCUGGCACCCACUUGACACAGACCCUUAUCCUUCCCAUUCCCAGACCUUAUGCUCCCCACUUGUCCAUGUUGACCAGCUCCCCCACAAUCUGCCCACUUGUCCCCCACCUUCUCCUAGGACUGUCUCAGCCUCAACACCCCCCAAAGCCUGCUGAUAUCAGGUUCAUUGAAAUACCUCAGAUUUGUAACUGUCGAUUUUUGAUUCUUCAGGAAGUAUUUGCAUCUCUGAAAGCUUUUUUAUAUGUUUUUGAUGACUUUUUAAAAAAAAUUUUAUUGUUGUAGUACCAAAGAAACUAAAGCAGAUCACCCCCAAAGCCGGACCGAUGAUCUGGUACCCCAGCCCCUCCGGCCCUUCCCUGAGAACGAAGUAAGGAGACAGGGAAGCGGACCAGAGUGGUGACUCAGGGAUCCCAGGGGAGGGACAGAGGGGACCCCACCCUACUUCCACCAGAGCUGAAGAGAGUCCCAGAGUUUUGGGCCAUUCCCACAUAAGUUCAUCUCUCCUUCUAGGGGGCCCCUCCCCUGGGGUGCCAACAGGAUUCCUGCAGUGCUGUCUGGAAGGAAAGAAAGUCCAAAACUUGAGCACAAGGCAUACCUCAGCUGGGUCGCCCUGUGCUCCAGGGUGCAUGGUCACCUUCUGUGAUCUCUCAGGCCUCCUGCAGCCUCCCCACCAGUCAGGUGAAAGCAGUGGGCAAAGAGCAGCUGGUGCAAGGGAAGAGCCCAACUGGCUGGCACAGAGCCCCUUUAAAAGAAUCGCAGUCUUUUGGCCAGUGUCUCGGGUUUUGUCACAAAGGACAGACUCUUCCCACCAGAAGAUACAGGGACACGGACUCUGGUCAUUGAAUCCCUCUUGUCCCCGCAAUCUCCCUUGUCGCUGCCCUCAGGGACAGCAGCUGGGACUCAGCUAGAGAGCCAGAGGUGCAGUCCUCAAGGCUCGGUAGCAGCAGUUGACCAGGCAGCUCUGGCCCCCACCUCCACCUUCCAUGUAUUCUAACCAGGAAACAUGUGAUAGCACAUGGGUAGCCUAGGCAGUGGAUAAAUACCUCAGUACUUUCACAGCAAGUGUCUGUAUAUGUUGUGGUUAUUUUCUAUCUUACAUGUUCUCGAAUGUUUAUAUUUCAAUAAACCUCUACCUCUUCACACA